GCGCAAACGGGUGCCACAUGCCCGUACACGCGAACGUGUCUGAGUGUUCUCUAUUGUUGCUCGCACGGCUCUACAAUGGGCGAUUCCAGAGGAGACAGCGCAUCCAAAGAGCUAGACUCAGGUCCGGAUGUCGAAGAAAGCAGACGUAAGAAGGUCAAGAUACCAGAUAAGAAGAAGUAUGAUGAAGAAAUGGACGCAAUAGCGCGUCAAAUCAAACAGAAGGAAGACAAACUGGCGUCUAUAACAGCUGUGAGACCAGAUUCCAGUGGCGAUUCAAGCGUUGGAGGGCAGCGAGAAGCUCUGCUGGGCGAGCUGCGCAGGUUGAAGGCUCGGCGAGAGAGCGUGCUUGAGGAACGACGCAAACUCGAGCUGAAGCUGCAGCAGACGAACACCAAUGUUCAGAAAAUGAGAGAGGCUUUGACUAAGUUGCAGUCUGGACUGAAGUUUAAGUCUGAGCCGCACGUCGACGACGCAAUCAAGAAACUGGAACAGCAGCUGCAAACUCAACGGUUGAGCUUGUCAGAAGAGAAAAGGGUUGUGACUGAAAUUAGUACUCUGAAAGCAUCUAAGCGUAGUAUACAAGAGUAUGUUGCUUUGCGGGAGAAAAUUGAUGCCGAACGUGCACAGCAGAACAAGCUAAGGGAUGAGCGUGAGGCACAUUUUAAGCAGUUGACAGAAUUUCGACAGGAAGAAGAGAAGGUAAAAACUCAACUUGAUGGAAUGAAGGGCAAGCAGGACCAGGCUUGGACAGAGUUCAAACAGCGAAUAUCCGAAAAAGAUGCCAUUCGAAAAGAGAUAGAUGAGCUUUAUACAAGGAAGAAAGAGCUGGCAGGUCAGAACAAGAAGCAACUGGAUGUUUACUAUGAGGGUAUGCGAGCGCAAAGAAAAGCACGACGCGAAGAGGAAUUAAGACGAAAAGAAGAGGAUCGUCGCGUAGCUCACGAAGCUCACCAGAAGGAAAUGAAUGAGUACUUGAAAAUGAGGGAACCGUAUAAACAGGAAAGGGAUCUCUGCACGGCUCUUACUGCAUAUCUGACUCCACUGGGUGCCGGUUUGAUCACUGGAUCUGGAGAAGCUGCAGCUGGAGAGUCAAUAGACGAGGACAGACUAGUUCCUGUUCGAUCGAAUGAGUUGAAGAUUCCCCAAGGAAUGUUCCGGAGAAAGAAAGAUGACGAUGUGGCACUCAGCGGACUGUUUGGUGGAAAGAGCAAGGGAAAGAAAGGCAAGAAGGGCAAGAAAGGAGCAUCAACACAAAAGAGUUCUCGGCCAUUGAAUCACAAUCCAGCAAUAUUUGAUCAGUUCUUGUCACUGGGUCUUCGAGCACCAAACUCAUCGUCUGAUGUUCAGGAUGUACUUCAGCAGCUGACAGACAAGAGAACAUACUUUGAAACGCUUGCAGCUGAAGAGAAGGCAACUCAGAGUGGGCAGAGAGAAGAGGAAAGUGUUUCAAUGGAAAAGGCUGAGGAGGAGGAGGAGGAGCUACAUGAGGUACAAGAGCCGGUUGUUAAUGAAGAUGCAUCAGAAGAGACAGUAGCAGUGGGUGAACAGGGUGAUGAGGAAUCUAACGAGCCAUUAAAUGAUGGUGAGCAAGUUGAAAAGGAGACAGAUGCUGAUGUGGGGAAAGACGAGUAUGUGGUGCCAAUUGUCAAGGAGGAAGCUGAUGAUCCUAAACUGAAAGAGGAUGAAGAGAAACCAGAUGAGGAUGAAGAGAAACCAGAUGAGGAUGAAGAGAAACCAGAUGAGGAUGAAGAGAAACCAGUUGAGGAUGAAGAGAAACCAGAUGAGGAUGAAGAGAAACCAGUUGAGGAUGAAGAGAAACCAGUUGAGGAUGAAGAGAAACCAGAUGAGGAUGAAGAGAAACCAGUUGAGGAUGAAGAGAAACCAGAUGAGGAUGAAGAGAAACCAGUUGAGGAUGAAGAGAAACCAGAUGAGCAUCAUAUGGUAGCCAGUGAAAAUGCUAAAGAAGGUCAUGAAGUAGAAUCACAGGCAACAAAAGACGUAGUAAUAGAUGACGAAGAAGAGCCAGCAGUGUGGGAAAGUGAGGUCAUAGAAGAAUUGGUUGAAACUAAAGAAGACGAAUUUGUUGAAGAUGAAAUCGAGGUGGUCAGUCAAGAUGACAGACAUUCUAACGGAGAUAUGGAAGCUGAAGAUAAGAAUGUGAGCAACCCCGUUGACAUACUGGAUGCACAAGAAGCAGACAAUCAUGAAGAUUUACAAGUGGCCAAAUCUUUAGAACACCAUGUAGAAGACAAACAGGCAGAUGAGUCUGUUGUAAUAGGAGAAGAAUCACAAGCUGUAGAUGAAAGAGGACUAGACGGAGAUAAGCCACAGGACACUGGUUCUACUCUCACUAAUGAAACGUUGCAAUUUGAAGGCACAGAGCUGUCACACUGUCAAGACCUUCAACCUGUAGAAGGGAAGACAAAUCUUUCUUCUGUGUAUCAAAUAGAAGCACCUUUAGAAGCACCUGUAGUAGAAGAGAAUGUGAGUCCAGAAGUCGAACAUGCAAAGACUGAAGUUAUUGACGCAGACAGUGCCAUGGUGCUUACUGACAAUGUAACACAGACCAAAUCUGAUGAAGAAGAUGUACAAUGUAUAGCUAGAUCUAUGGUACCAGUAUCAGAUGAUGGUUUACUGACAGUAAAUGAUCUAGAAGAAAGCACAAAAGCUGAUAGCAGUCAACAAGAACAGGCGUCUACUGAUAUAGACGGUUCUAUUGAAGAGAAAUCGUUGAUAGAGAGCACCAAAGUUACUGAUGAAGACAAUGAUACAGCUGGAGUUGAAGCUGUAGAAGACGUUAGAGAGUCGGUGGUCGAUACCGAUAAGACUAUGGAAUCACAGAUGAAACUUGUGAUGUUGGUGAAUGGAGAUACUCCAUCUCAUGUCUCAUCAACUGAAAGCUCACAGCACAAAUUCGACUCGUCGCAAGAGCUAGAACAGGCACUCACAUUUGAAAUUGAUCAUGUAAUUGAAUCAAAUGAUCAUCAAGAGAAGUCGGGAGAUCAGACGAGCCCUCAAGAUGGGAAUGGCAGUGGACAGGAAGUUGAUUCUGUGAAUGUGACUGAAGAGACAGUCACAACUAAAGUCGAUACACUUCAACAUCAGUCUCCUGAUGCAUUUAUUGAUGACACUUUGAAUAGUGGUGCCAAGGAAGAGGAUCAUGACAUGAAACCUGGUCUUAGUGAGACGGUUAGGGCUUUGGUGGGCUCAGAUGAUGAUGCCGGUAGUGGGACAGAAGUGUAGUUGCUUUAUGGACGAUGUGUACAGAUGUUAUUCUUGAUGCCUGGGUCUGUACCUAAAUCUUUUGUGAAGGGUAUGAAUUUGAAACCGUUUCUAUGUAUGUAAGUAA